AUGUACUAUAUACUUGAACUGGAAAUAACUUCAACAGCAUCGUUGGCUGCAAGCAAAAAACUUAUGCAGCGACUGAAAAUUGGAAGAGCUAUAUUUCAGAUCCAACGCGAACUGGAAGAUGACAACGGUUUCUAUUUUACUGGCUUAACAAAAAAAUUGGCGACACAAAGCCAGCAUCAAAUUGUUGGUGAUAAGAGGAAAAAAAAAACACAUGAAACGAUUCAUGAAGAUGAAUUGGGAAACUUAGCAGGGAUUAGCGAUGAAGAUUAUCCUCAUUUUCUCAAUAAAGCUGGUUCGCGUCUUGCUACAGCUUCCAAGUUGUUGUCACGUUUUUCCAAUAAACUAAUUAUGGAUUGUGGUGUGCCUAAUACAGCAAGAGACCAUUGUUUACAUAUAUUCCAGUUGUAUUUAAAACACUUCAAAGUGGCAUUCUGUGAAGAUGAAUUGGAUGUUUCAAAUCCUUUUUGUCCGAUCGUGAUUGAACAAAAGUAUGAUGAAAUAAAGCAAAAUAAGAACGAGGAGAGAAAAGCAAAAAAAGAGCAUGAUAUAUCAAAGGGGGUCAAUGUUCUCGGUCAUAUAUUUGAUAUGAAUGUGGAGAUUGAGGAUGACGCUGAAAUUUCUGCAUUUACAGAAUUGCGGACUAAGCUUUCGAAAGUUGCUGUUAAGCAUCUUUUACUGAUACCAUUUACCAGUGAAGUGAUGAUCGUUAUCUUGUAUUUAGCAUGUAUUUGUUCAGGUGCUACUUGGAUUCUUUUGUCAGAUAUCACUAGGUGGUUUCGCGAAGGUCGUCUGCGUAGAACUUUGCAUCAAAGAUGUGCUUUAGCAGUUCCAUGUUCCGCUAAGAAGGAUGAGAAUUGUAAUAACAGACAAAUUUAUCCACUUUUUGAGUAUAUACGUGUUUUAAUUGCUUUAUCGCAAAUUACGGAAAUUCCUAAGCAACCAGUCUUACGUAAUAUCCAUCAGGUUAUAAGUCGGUUCUGUUUCAAUCUCAAUUUGCCGUAUGCGUUUGCUCAUCGCGUCCAUCGCCUAUGUGAUACAUUAAAACCAUCCACCGAAAUAAGUGCUGCAAUCACGCGUCGUUUCGGUGAUUUUGAUUCAUCCGAAGUGUUAGAUAAUGCUAAUGCGAACUUCAAUAAUUAUUUUAGCACCGGUUUUGAAAAAAGGUGUCAGCGUUCAGAUUUUCGAAAAUAUUCCGUUCUACCGUCGAUUGAAGCUAAGGCAUUGGCAUUAAUCCUAUUCGCAUUUAAAUUAAUAUUUGGAUUAGAUGGUCAUCGUGAAUUUAACAUGGUUCCUCAGAAUAGUAAUGACGUAUUUAAUUUUUCUUCUUGGUUUCAUCAAUUAAAAAUGCGAAUGGAAGUAUGGCGUGGUCGACCAGUUCAAAAUGUUUUAAAAGUAAGGUACCGAACCUUACCUUCUUACGAUGCAAUUCAUGCUGAUUAUCGAACAAUGUAUCGCAAUGCUGAUUUUAAUCAGAUCUCCCAUUCAUUACUCUUUACAAAGCGGAAUGGCUAUUUCAGUGGUUGUAUACCGAAUUAUGUUGUACAAGAAGCGAAAGAUUAUGCACUUCUAAAAGUAUUUUCUGAUAAUAAUGAUGAGAUGCCGGCAAAAUUUACUGAUAAGGAAGCUAUUUUAACUCCUCUUUGCUUUCAAGCAACAAAAAAUCAAGAAUGGUUUCGAAAUCAGCGGAAAAAAGCAUCUUUUAGAGCAGAUUCCAUCGAUUAUUAUAAUGCAGACAUUUUUUUUGCUGACUUUAAAUCCUAUACGCUCGACUAUCAUACAGUGGAUGCAAAUGUUGAUUCAACUUCUAACCAAAAACAGGUUUUUCCUAGGCCUCAUUAUUGUGGUUCAUUAAUGAGAUGUGAUCAGUCAAAUAUCAUGUAUUUCCCAAUUAUUUACACCUGUGCAAUGGAUGCAGUUUUAUCGGUUGCUCAUCGUCAUUUUAGCGACACUUUUGCUUUUCUUUUUGAAACAUUUUGCUUGCUUAUUGGUGAAGAACAAAAAGUAUUAUAUGCUUUUUUCCUUAUGAUUGAAAUGAUUUGUCUUUCUAGAGAUCGAUUGGAAGAAAUUUAUAAUUUGGCAGAUACUGGUGCCGAAAUUUCAAUGAAAGGUCAGUGUAUUGAUAUCUUUUCCCGGCCUAAUCAGUACUUCUUAAGAUUACGUCGAAUGCCAGGAGAUAUGUCGAGAGCUGAUUACGCGUACAAUAUGAUAACAAUUGACUCAAUAUUACCCGAACCAUCUACUGUUUUUGUGCCUUUUCAUGUUUCAAUAGCUAAUUUAAAAAAGAAAUAUCAAAAAAAGAAUUAUGAAGAGGAAUCAGCGAGUCAACCAAGUCAAGAAGAAAAAUAUUUUGUUGAGAAAAAGCGGAGGAAGCGAGGUGAAAGAUGGAUCCUCAUUUUGACUUGGCUUUUGGUGGUAAAUGUACAUACUCUCAUGAAAGUGAAUGAGGGGAACUCGGUUCCCACAUUCCCCAUAUCGCCAUUCGAUAUUCCAAAAAAAGAAAUUCCAGGGAGUUCGGCAGUCGAAAUAGGAGUUGAUCCAUCACGUUUUCUAGCUUUGCGUUGUCCAAAAUUUUUAGAAUGAAUUGAUGAAGAAAUAGAAAAUGUAAUAGCUGAAGUCAUAUUGCAAGGAUGGAAUGACGACUCGCCCAAAGCAAUUCAGUCGAAUGGAAAUCGAAAAAAUUUUUCUAAGAACAUAAAUGGAGCGAAGAUUCGGCUUAUAUCUGAGCAGCUUUGGCGUAGAUUGGAACGAAAGUAUGAAGCAAAAUUUCAAGCGUGGAAGGAAAAUGAAGAAAAGGAAAUUGAUGAUAUGUAUCAAAAUAUGGUGAAAAGGAAAGAAGAUGAAUUCAGUAAAAAAGAGCGCAUUCUUAGAGAAGAGAUGCGUCUUGAAACAGAGAAAAGGCAAUUGGAACUUGAAAGAUGUUGGAGAGAAGUAGAAAGCGCACAAAAUGAUUUACGGAUAAGUAAAGAACAGCUGGAGCAUAUGAAAAUGAAUUUCGCAAUGAUGAAAGAUAUAGAAACAAUGAAUUUACGCCGAGAGAAGUUGGCACUUGAAAGAAGGCUUGAUGAUUUAAAUCAAAGAGAACAGAUGACUGAAGAUGCAAUUAAACGAGCUAUUAUCGAAACGGAAAAAAAGGAAAGAAAAUGGUUUGGCCAAAAAAUAGAUGAAUGGAAUAAAAAGGAAGCAGAUUUAAGAGCCAAAUAUAAUAAUUUAUUACAAAAUAUUAGGCAAAUAUCAGCUUUAGAAGAUAAGUAUCAAGAAAGUCUCGAUCAGAUACGUUCCUUAAAGUUGGAAAUUGUUUCGCGUGAUCACAAAUUAGACGAAAUAAAUGGAGCACUAAGGAAAGCGAAUGAGCUUAUUCGUUCGAGAAGUGAUUAUGAUGAUUUAAAGGAGGAAAUAUCAAAGCUCAGAAUCAAAAUAGAGAAAGAUAAUGAACCUCUCAUGAAAACCAUGCAAAUCAAAGAAAUGGAACUGGGAAACAUGAAAAAGCGAUAUGAAUUACUGGAAAGCACUUCAGCCAUGCGAAUUCAGCAUUUGAAUCGUCAGCUUCAUCACGCUUUCGCAAAACUUCGAAAAGCGGAAUCGAAAUUACGAAAUUCUCAAAGGAAAUUCUCUGAGGGAAAGAAUGAAUUGAUUGUUGCCGGCGAGGAAAUUUCCGCAGCACAAAAAAAAACUCUUUCACCUUCAAUUUCCGAUUCUUCUUUAUCUUCUUCAUCAACAUCAUCUUUUGAUCGAAAUAUUCGCCAGAGAUUGCGCAAUUUGGAUUUUAUUACUAAGCAAUUGGAUAUUUCCGUCGAAAAAUACCGCGCAACUCAUAAUUCUUUACUGUUGGAAAGGUCUUUGCUGCCUUUAAAACAACGUGAAUCACAAUCAAUGUUUGCGCAGCCAUCACUGAACGAAGUGAAUAUAAAAUCAACUCGAGCUCAUAGCGAUUUUGCCCAGCAAUCAGUCGAUUUAAUUGAUGCUAAUAGUAAGGAAGAAGUCGAUCACCAUGAUGAAAUUGAUUCAUUGCCACUGUAUCAAAAAAAAACGGAAAUUAUAAAGUCCAGCAAUUUAACGAUUGAUUUGGAAGAAAAGUUAAAACGACGAGCGAAAGAGAGAAAUAUGGUUCUGUCCACUGUCACCUCAGCUAUUAGAGAUGAGAGAGGUGACGUAAGAAAACUGGAAAGAGAAGAAGAAACGAACGAGAUCAUCGAGGCUGGUCCAGCAAUAUCGCCAUAUAUGACAAUGUUAGGAAAAGAGAGUCUGAUGAUGAGUGCAGCUGAUUCAGCUGAACCAGAUAAGGUUAAUAUUAAUGAUCUUCAAGAAAGAUCUUCGCCAGUAUUAGCUGAUUUGAAAGUCGAAACUUUUGACAUGAACGAUUCAGAUUCUUUAAAAAUAUGA